GUCUUAAAGAAUACAGUCAUGAUUUUGAAGUUUUGAGACUACAACUGCGUGAUAACUUACAUGAAGUCGAGAAAAGUUUGGGACAAGGAAAGCUGUUGACGAUGCUUGAAGUAAAAGACGAGCUGCAAGGCAAGUUCAAAGGUGAGCUGGAACAAAGGCAAAGAAUGAUCCAGAGACAAAUACGAUUGAAAGAGAUAAUCCAGGAGCAUGAAGAAAGGGUAAAAGAAUUGACGUCAAAGCUACAACAUCAAUAUGAUCCAAACAAGGACUCUCCAAGAAGAAAUGAGUUGAAGAAAAAAGCUAAAGCAUUUGAAGAAGUGUUCAAUACGAUGAUGCAGAAGAUAGGAGAAAGUGACAUCACUCGGAUAGUGGAAUUGUUCCAAAAGCAGACAUUAACCUUCCAAGCAUGGACGGAAGCAGUACGAGACCAGGAGAUACGAGUGAAAGCGCUCAAAGAAGAAAAGAAGUUUCUUGAUAGGCAGCUGCUCAAGCUGUCUAGCAAGACCUCGCACUCUGUUGAGAACGAGACAAGACAAUUCACACUGUGUGAGAGAAAUUAUGACAUGGCGCUGGAAAGGCUUGAUGCUUUGAGUGUCAAGCUGUACCAGCUCGAGUCUUUAAUGUCGCACAUCAAGGAAUCUAUCCGCCUUGGCUUCCUCCGCAUGAAGUCUUGCAAGGAUCGCACUGAAAUUCCCCCCGAAAGUUUCCCGGAUGAAGGGGAGGGAGGCUUGACUGAGUGGGUCACCCUGUACGCUGACUCCCUUCUUGCCUUUGUACCCAACGAAGAGCAACUUUCUGCACUCGGAGCUGAGGGGACGGACAAGGAGUUGAGAAGUCCCGUGAUGCCCAAGAAGCUGAAAGAAGCUGUGAGCAAGGCAAACAAGAGCAGCGGAGUCAGAGAAUCCAACGCCUACAACACGCGAGUCUCCUUCACUUCCCGCAUGAACUUCCCCAAGGUCUCCUCGGAACGAGAACGAGAGGAGGAGGAGGGCGACACGCGAGCAGAAUACACCGAAGAGGCGAUUGUAUCACGAGACGAGAUGAAGCGACGGACAAUGAGAUACAUCAAACUGAAAGAGCGAGAGAAGAUGGAGGCAGACGCCAAGGAGCGAGGAGAAACGAAUCCCAACAAGAAGAAGAAGAGCAAGAAUGCUUCUCGUAUAGAUGCCGCUCCCUCCAGCCCACCUGGACAACCUCCUAUUUGAUUUGAGGCGCUAGAGAUUCCUUCUCGUCAUAUGAAUGGCUUGAUUGACUUAGCGCACCUUUACAGACAUCAAAUAUUAUUUUCUUUUUGUAAAUUAUCGCCCGUU